GAGUUUAUUAUAUUCCUGAUUAUAAGUAUUCACACGUACUUUGUCACGUACUUUGAGACUGUAUACCAUUAUUCAUUAUUCUGGCUGCAUAUUGAUGAUUGAGCAUCUUUGUGCUCCCCCAGUGUCACUAAAUAAUAGCCCUUUAGACUCUGGUGUGCCUCUUAUUGUGAUCUACAACUGGCCCCACUCCUCUCUGUGUACGACCACAUCAGCGUCCAGCGGGACGUCAGGUCACAGGCGGGGACUGACACCACUGACUCAGGCUCCGUGGCUGGUGUCAGUCACAUUCUGACAGUCUGGUCUCAGAGCAGCAGCUAACGGCUAACACUUCUCUAUCUCCUUAGGUCUCACUGCACCGUGUCACAAUGAGAGCCGUAGCCAUGUCUUCCAACUCAGCGAUGGUGCGGAUCCUGAUAAAAGGUGGGAAGGUGGUGAACGACGACUGCACCCAGGAAGCAGACGUCUACAUCGAGAACGGCAUCAUCCAGCAGGUGGGGAAGGAGCUGAUGAUCCCUGGUGGAGCCAAAGUGAUCGACGCUUCAGGGAAACUCGUCCUUCCUGGAGGGAUCGACACCAGUGUCCACCUGGAGGAGACCUUCAUGAACGCCACCACCGCUGAUGACUACUACAGUGGAACCAAGGCGGCUCUCGCUGGCGGAACAACAAUGGUGAUUGGACACGUUCUGCCAGAGAAGAACGAGUCUCUGCUUGAAGCCUACGAGAAGUGCCGUAGCUCAGCAGACGCCAAAACCUGCUGCGACUACGCCCUGCAUGUGGGAGUGACUUGGUGGGGACCCAGGGUGCAGGCAGAGAUGGAGAAGCUGGUGAGAGAGGAAGGAGUCAACUCCUUCCAGAUGUUCAUGGCCUAUAAAGACACGUUCAUGCUGAGGGACAGUGAGCUGUUCCAGGUCCUGCACCACUGCAAGGACAUCGGAGCUAUCGCCAGAGUCCAUGCUGAGAAUGGAGAGCUGGUGGCAGAGGCUGCAAAAGAAGCUCUGGAGCUGGGGAUCAGUGGUCCAGAGGGGAUUGAUAUCAGCAGGCCUGAAGAGCUGGAGGCAGAGGCGACUCACAGGGCAAUUACCAUCGCCAACAGGGCUCACUGUCCCAUCUAUCUUGUGAAUGUUUCCAGCAUGACAGCAGGAGAUGUAGUGGCUACAGCCAAAAUGCAAGGUAAAGUGGUCCACGGAGAGACCACCACAGCCCACACAGUGCUGAAUGGUACACAGUACUAUCACCAGGACUGGGCCUUCGCCGCCGCUCAUGUCACCGUGCCUCCUCUUCGUGUGGACCCAGCCACGCCCAAUUUCCUGAUGAGCCUUCUGGGAAAUGACACUCUCAACGUUGUGAGCUCCGAUCACCGUCCCUUCACCGUCAAACAGAAAGCCAUGGGUAAGGAUGAUUUCACAAAGAUCCCUCACGGUCUGCCUGGCAUUCAGGACCGCAUGAGCGUCAUCUGGGAGAAAGGAGUGAUUGGAGGAAAGAUGGACGAGAAUUGCUUUGUUGCAGUCACAAGUUCAAACGCAGCCAAGAUCUACAACCUCUACCCCAGGAAAGGCAGAAUCAUCCCUGGGGCAGAUGCUGAUGUGGUGGUCUGGGACCCCGAGGGAUCCAAGACCAUCUCUGUGGACAAUCAGGUCCAGGGAGGAGAUAUCAACCUGUACGAAGGCCUCCGCGUCCACGGCGUACCUCUGGUCACCAUCAGCCGUGGGCGGCUGGUCUAUGAAAAUGGCAUAUUUACGUGUGCAGAAGGUUCUGGAAAGUUCUGUCCUCUGAGGACCUUCCCAGAUUAUCUUUACAAGAAGAUGGUUCAGAGGGAAAAGAGCCAGGCGGUGAAGGCUGUGGAGCGGGAGCCGUAUAACGGUGACGUUGUUCCAGUGGCCAAUUCAGGAAAGAGGGAUUUUGGGGCUUUAGAUGUGGACACCCCAACACGUCCCUGCACCAGACAUGGGGGGGUGAGGGACCUCCACGAGUCCAGCUUCAGCCUGUCUGGUGCCCAGUUCGAUGACAACAUUCCAAAGAGAUCGUCAGCCAGGAUCCUCGCUCCUCCUGGAGGGAGGUCCAGUGGGAUCUGGUAACAAAGUGGGAAAUGGUCACAUGAGAAAACAAAAAAAA